AGAGGAAAGCUGGCGGAGAGUGGUGUGGGAGAAGAACCUGAAAAUGAUUGAGCUCCAUAAUCUGGAUCACACGUUAGGAAAACACAGCUACAAGUUGGGAAUGAAUCAGUUCGGUGACAUGACAACUGAGGAGUUCAAACAGCUGAUGAAUGGCUAUGCACACAAGAAGUCAGAAAGGAAAUACAGAGGAUCCCAGUUUCUUGAGCCCAGCUUUCUGGAAGCACCGAGAUCAGUAGACUGGAGGGAGAAGGGAUAUGUUACUCCAGUUAAAGACCAGGGUCAGUGUGGUUCUUGCUGGGCUUUCAGCACAACGGGAGCUCUUGAAGGGCAGCACUUCAGAAAAACUGGCAAACUUGUUUCGCUGAGUGAACAGAACCUGGUGGACUGCUCUCGCCCGGAAGGGAAUCAAGGCUGCAAUGGCGGUCUCAUGGACCAGGCUUUCCAGUAUGUGCAAGAUAAUGGGGGAAUUGAUUCAGAGGAAUCAUACCCAUACACUGCAAAGGAUGAUGAAGACUGUCGCUACAGGGCGGAAUACAGUGCUGCUAAUGACACUGGCUUUAUUGACAUCCCUCAAGGACGUGAACGAGCUCUCAUGAAAGCAGUAGCGUCUGUGGGUCCGGUGUCUGUUGCUAUUGAUGCAGGCCACUCUUCAUUCCAGUUCUAUCAGUCAGGUAUCUACUAUGAACCAGACUGCAGCAGUGAAGAUCUGGACCAUGGUGUUCUGGUUGUAGGUUAUGGCUUUGAAGGGGAAGAUGUAGAUGGGAAGAAAUACUGGAUUGUUAAGAACAGCUGGGGUGAGAAGUGGGGUGAUAAAGGAUAUAUCUACAUGGCCAAGGACAGGAAGAACCACUGUGGAAUAGCAACAGCUGCUAGCUAUCCACUUGUAUAAUUUGAAGACUGAACAUUUCAGUGAAAGAGGGGAUUUAAACUAAAUGACCAAACCCAUGUUCAACACAUGUGGUAGACUUGUAUCCUUCAAAAGUCAACUUGAUUUUUUUAAACUUUUGAAGUAUGUUUUACAUGUUGGUGACAUGCCACUUGUUUUAAAUUAAUGUAAAUGUUGGUAUGUAAACAGCUUGUAAUAUUGCUGCCUUUUGACUGCUUAAUCUAAUAGAUUCUUCUUUUUUUUUUUUUUUUAAUUGCAAUAUGCCCAAAAGUUUACUUUUUAAAUAAACACUUAAAUUUCAGUAUGUACAGA